AUGAAUAACGAGCAAUUCCGCCGCCUGGUCCUGGACCAACCCGGCAAAAGGGCCAGCAACAACAAUAAUAAUAACAACGUCGACAAAAAUGCGCAAACACCAAAUACCUCGCAGACUCGGUCAUCUCUCGGCUCUCGCAUGCGAUCCAGCAUUCCCAUGACACCGCGACAUGUCAGAGGUGGUGUCAGCAACACAAACGAAUUUGCGCGCCAACUCGCCGAACACCGUCGUGAAGGAGGAGAACAACAGCCGCCGGCGAAAAGAUUCAAGGCCUCUGCAGCACCGAAAGGCACAAAGUUUGCAAGCGGGUAUCAGGAUCGAACGGCUUUGCGGAGACAGCAGGAUGAUGAUGGUGCAGCGGGGAAACAAGAGGGCGUUGAGCAACGACUCAAAGCAUUAGAGGAAAUGCUCAAACUAGGACAAAUCGAUCAGCAGACGUUGGAUAAACUGAGGAAAGAGAUUGGUGUAGGCGGCGAUUUGAAGAGUACGCAUCUGGUCAAGGGGCUGGAUUGGGGUUUAUUGCGGAGAGCAAAGGCCGGGGAGGAUCUUUCGCAGAAGAUAGAGGAGGAAGAAGAAGAAGAAGAAGAAGACGCAGAAAAGAAAGAAGAGGAGGCUAUUGACCCGGGCGAUGUGGAUGAUGAGUUGGAUCGUGUUCUUGCAGAGAAAGAAGAUGGGAUCGCUCCCGCGCCAAAGGAGAAGAAAGUCAAGAAAGGGAAUCUUGCGAUGCCACCACCUCCUCCUUUGGGGAAAUUAUCGCGCGAUGAGAUUCUAAAACAGUUAAAAGCAAGCCGCGCAGCAGCAGCGACUCAACCGCCACCACCAGAGUCGACAUUAAGCACCAAAUUCAAAAAGAUCGAUAAAUCAGACAAGAAACGCUGGGUCGAGACUGAUCCUACCACCGGUCGUCGCAAAGAGAUUCUCGUCAUCACAGAUGCAGAAGGGAACACAAAACGAAAAACUCGUUGGCUCGACAAGGAGCCGCAGAAACCCACCAUUCCGAAAGUCGAUGAUAAUGGAUUAUUGUUGCCAGGCCAAGACGCGAAGCCAUUGGGUAUGGAAGUCCCCGCUGUGGUUGCGGCGAGGAUAGCGGCUGAAAAGGCGGCGGCGGAAGAGGCAGAGGACGAUGAUAUUUUUGCCGGGGUUGGGACGGAUUAUAAUCCUCUUGGGGAUUUGGAAGAAGAUGACGAUGAUUCUGAUUCUGAUGUCGAGGGGAAGAAGACGGAAGAGGAGAAAGAGGAUACAGCGGAUAUCAAGGCAGAAAAGACCAUGGCAUCAGCAACUACUACGGAGCCUUCUACGCAGCAGCAACCGAGAAGGAAUUACUUCAAAGACGUCAGCAAGACAGACGAAGACCUUGCGGGAGACGAACCUCGCACAAACCCGCUGACCAGUGAUCCCACUCUCAUGGCCGCAUUCAAGCGCGCCGCCGCACUCCGACAAGCUUCCUCCACACACAGAGAAGGAGAUGGAGACCAUGAUCCUGCCGCGGACAUUGAAGAAGGUGAAUUCGCCGACGAAGAUGACCCCGAGCGAGUCGCCCACCGCAAGAAAUUCCUCGAAGAAGCGCGUCGUCGCGAUGCGCUCGAUGCUCUCGAUCUCGAUUAUGGGUUUGGAAGUAGUCGAAUCGAGGAUGAGGAGGAUGAAGAAGGACCGACAUUCGAUGGUGACCAGCAGCGUGGUGGUAACAAACGGAAACGUGGGCCGAAGAAGAGGAAGGGUGAUAAAGAUUCUGCGACGGAUGUGUUACGGGUUAUGGAGGGACGCAAGAAGUCCUAG